CGGUCAGUUUGCCAUCGUGAAGCGUUGCUGGGAGAAGAGCACGGGUCUGGAGUUCGCCGCUAAAUUCAUCAAGAAACGUCAGAGCAGAUCCAGCCGGCGCGGGGUCAGGAGGGAGGAGAUAGAGAGAGAGGUCAACAUCCUACAGCAGACACAACACGCCAACAUAGUCACCUUCCACGAUGUCUACGAGAACCUCACUGACGUGGUGCUCGUCCUGGAGCUGGUGUCUGGGGGAGAGCUGUUUGACUUCCUGGCCCAGAAGGAGUCUCUGAGUGAAGAGGAGGCAACUCAGUUUAUCAAACAGAUUCUGGAGGGUGUCCACUACCUACACUCUAGGAAGAUAGCACACUUUGACCUCAAGCCUGAAAACAUCAUGCUGUUGGACAAGAACGUGCCAUUGCCAAGGAUCAAACUAAUCGAUUUCGGACUCGCUCACAAAAUCGAGGCGGGGGCAGAGUUUAAAAACAUUUUUGGGACUCCUGAAUUUGUGGCCCCAGAGAUAGUGAACUACGAACCGCUGGGACUGGAGGCAGAUAUGUGGAGUAUAGGAGUCAUCACCUACAUCCUGCUGAGUGGAGCGUCUCCCUUCCUGGGAGAGACUAAACAGGACACGCUGGCCAACAUCUCAGCCAUGAACUACGAGUUUGACGAGGAGUUCUUCUGUAGAACCAGUGAACUGGCCAAAAGCUUCAUACGGCAGCUACUGGAGAGAGACAAGAUGAAGAGGUUAACUAUUCAAGAUGCCCUCAACCAUCCCUGGAUCAAGUCUAAUGAGUACAAGGAGGAGACUCCCAUCACCAAGACCCCGGACCAGACCAAGACCCCGGACCAGACCAAGACCCCUAAGAAGCGCGAGCGCCGUCAGCUAAAGACCAAACGUCUCAAGGAGUACACCAUGAAGUCCCAUUCCUCCAUGCCCCCCAACAACACCUACGUCAACUUCGAACGCUUCGUCCAGGUAGUGGAGGACAUCAGCCGGAUGGAGGGCUCCUUCACUGGGCUAGCCUCGGCCCACGACUCCCUGCAGGAGGACAUCGACGCCUUGGUCUCCGUCUACAACCACAAGGAGUCCUGGUACAAGGAGGAGAGCGAGGGGGUCCGUCACCAGCUGUCUCAGAUCCGCUACGAGUUCCGUAAAGUGGAGGCGAUGAAGAGGAGCCUGCAGGAUGAGAUGAAGGUGGUGGACGUCAGCGUCAGUGACGUUAGCGCCCGCUACCAGGAGAGGAAGAGACACUUUGACGCCCUGAGACAGGAGCUGAGCGACGAGCUGAAGUGGGUGCAGGAGGUGGUGGGGUCGUUAGGGGUCACGGGCGGGGUCGCGGACGGGGUCGGAGGAGGAGGGGGCUACCUCAGCUGUAACUUCUCCACUGUGUUUAAUAAUGACGUGAAUGAAGCACUGAAGGAAAUGCUGAACAGAAGCUGUGGAGGAGAUCUGCUGUCUGGGAUCAGCCUGAACCUCACUGAGUCUGGACUGAAGAGAUAGUAUAGCAUAGUAUAGUACAGUAGAGUAUCAACCUGGACCUGACUGCGUCGGUAUAAUAUAGUAGUACAGUAUAGUAGUAUAGUAGAGUAUCCUAUAGUAGUAGAGUAUCGUAGAGUAUAGUAUAGUAUAGUAGUAUAGUAGAGUAUCAACCUGAGACUGGACAGUAUAUUAUAGUACAGUAUAGUACAAUAUGGUAUGGUAUAGUACAGUAUGGUAUAGUACAGUAUAGUAUAGUAGUAGAGUAUAGUAUAGUAGUAGAGUAUAGUAUAGUAGUACAGUAGAGUAUCCACAUGGACCUGACUGUGUCUGGACAGUAGAGUAGAGUAUAGUAUAGUAGUAGAGUAUAGUAUAGUAGUACAGUAGAGUAUCCACAUGGACCUGACUGUGUCUGGACAGUAGAGUACAGUAUAGUACAAUAGAGUAUCAACCUGGACCUGACUCAGUCUGGAUAGUAUAGUAUAGUACAGUAUGGUAUAGUACAGUAUAGUAUAGUAGUAGAGUAUAGUAUAGUAAUACAGUAGAGUAUCCACAUGGACCUGACUGUGUCUGGACAGUAGAGUAGAGUACAGUAUAGUACAAUAGAGUAUCAACCUGGACCUGACUCAGUCUGGAUAGGAUAGUAUAGUACAGUAUGUUAUAGUACAGUAUAGUAUAGUAGUAGAGUAUAGUAUAGUAUAGUAUAGUAGUACAGUAUAGUACAAUAGAGUAUCGACCUGGACCUGACUGUGUCUGGAUAGGAUAGUAUAGUAUAGUAUAGUAUAGUAUAGUAUAGUAUAGUAUAGUAUAGUAUAGUAUAGUAGUACAGUAGAGUAUCAACCUGGACCUGACUCAGUCUGGAUAGGAUAGUAUUGUACAGUAUAGUAUAGUACAGUAUGGUA